AUGCCUACCUACCCUUUCUUCUUGUAUGUUCCUUAUGCCCUGGGUUCCUGCAGACGACCCGGGAACGCGGCCCGGGCCCUGACUGACGUCUGUACGACGCGCGCAGCCGCUGGGGUGCAGCGCCGAGCGCCGACGUGGCGGCCCAAGCGCCGGGUUGCGGGCAGCGAGUGCUGCGCGCGGGUCGGCGAGCCAGGGGUUAAGUGGCGCCGAUCGCGGCCCUCCCUCGGCUCCCCUCCCCGGCGUGCCGAUUUUCAGGCCCGCCGAGCCGCCCAGGAAAAGUUUUCAAUUCGACAAGGCCUCAGCGUUUCAGGGGCUGAGCUCCUUAGAAAGCUGCAGGGCCCCCGAGGGCCGACUGACAGGGAGGGGGCGGCCGGCCCCGUUCUGGACACGCUAAUUACGAGGAUUCGGUUUCCCGGGUCUGAAGGAAUGCAUUACCUGCAGCCAAGGAGGCACGGCCUCUCAGGAAGGCCCCUAGAGGAAGCUGAAUGCCCCAGUGAAUUCCAGCCUCAUCCCUAG